AUGUGGACUCAUCAUGGGCUUGUAGUCCUACUCACUAUACUCACUUCGAUCACUGCGCAUCUUGGCAUCGCUGCACCACCCAAUUCCAGUGGCAACUUUCAUCGAAAUCGGAGGGAUAUCGGUUCAAACGAUGUGAUCAGAGGAGUAAAUCUAGGUGGAUGGCUUCUGACCGAAGAGUGGAUCACGCCGUCGAUCUACACUAACGGUGCGGAAGAUGAGUAUCACCUCUGUGCCGAUCUGGGUAAGAAGAAGUGUCUGAGUAGGUUGGAAGAUCAUUGGAAAUCCUUCUUCACUCGAGAUGAUUUUGAAGAGAUCAAAGCAGCAGGUCUAAAUUCCGUUCGUAUACCCAUAGGGUACUGGGCUGUGGAUGUAAGGGAUGAUGAACCAUAUGUAUCCGGACAGAACCCAUACCUUAUCCAAGCUGUUAAUUGGGCAUCUGAACUGGGUCUAACGGUUCUCUUAGAUCUACACGGUGCACCAGGUUCUCAGAACGGUCAAGAUAACUCGGGCUUGAUCGGUCCAGUACUAUUCCCUACGAAUACAUCAAAUACAGAAAGAUCCAUCAGCGUAUUGAAGAAUUUGACAGAGGAAUUCGCGAAAGAUAUCUAUGGUAGUACGGUUAUAGGGAUUGAACUGCUCAACGAACCCAGAUUAUCAAAUAACUUCAGUAUGUCCCAAUUGAAGGAAUUUUAUUCGGAUGCGGCGGAGGUCAUCAGUGGUGUUGAUGGAAAUAUGAACGUUUUCAUGCAUGAUGCAUUCUGGGGACCACAAUAUUGGUCAGACUACAAUCCAUUAUCAAAUUCCACAUCAUCCAAUUCGAACAAUUUCAUCAUCGAUACUCACCAAUACUACGCGUUCGAACCUCUCAACAACCUGGCGCACAACGUCAUCUUAGAAAAAGUCUGUAACAUAUCUAAAUUACUGAAAAACAGAGAAUUGGGCAUAUUACCUACCUUAGUGGGAGAAUGGAGUUUGGAGACUGGACAUUCGCCCAACUCGAGUUCUUCGUCUAUACAGAAUAAAGAUGAUUCGAGAGAGAAGAGAACGUGGUUUAGGUUGUUUUUUGAAGCUCAGUUGGCAGCUUAUUCACCUGAUUCUAAUUCGGUUGGGGAUCAACCCUCACGAGGAUGGUAUUAUUGGACCUGGAAAACGGACUACGAUAUAGAUACUUGGUCGUACAAGCGCGGGGUCGCUCAAGGAUAUAUACCGAAAGAUGUCAGUAAUUCAAGUACGUUGGUAUUUCCGAUAUUGGAUAAUGGUUGUGUCGAUUCGAGUUACAAUUAUACUGCCCCUAAGAAUCCUGGAUCAGGUGCGAUACGGCACUGCCCCAGUGGAUUAUUGGCUGUAUCGAUGGUGAUAGUGACGAUUUCGUUCUUUUGUAUUUUAUAG